UUUACGCAAAAUUAUUCAAGCUCGUAUGUAUUUUUUUUUCUGCGUAAGGAUUUUCACUCGACCUUGCUGCUGAAUAAAAUAUCACCAAGGUCUCUUCACUAGAAGACGGCAACACAAAAGUUUUGCUCUCUUUCAUUCAUUUUGCUCUUCAGCCGACCCACGUCAUGCCUGUGCGGUGACGUCACGACCGCACAGGGGACUCGUGGACCAAAGAGAGGUGAAAAAAAAGAAACAAGUAGUCGAGGCGCUCGUGGAAACAGGAAGCAAAAGGGGAAAGCCAAGCAGAGGUUGUUGUUGUUAGAAAAAAAAAACUUCCGAAGGGAGCACUCUGUCUUUUACCUCCCCGUUAUUUUGAGCUCUUUAAACUGACAGUGCAGCCAGUCCGUUGCUUGGACACCGCGCGCUGAAGGAGGGAAGCUCGCGCGCUUCGCGCCGAAGUGGAUGGACCUGGUCGGGGUUUCGGUUUAUUUGACAUUCCUCACCGUCCACCACGCCGGAAUUAACCCCUUCUUACUGUUACCGUAUUGUUUUUAUAGGCAGGGCGUGACAUUCCACCGUUUAAAAGCGGCCCUGGUCGAUUUUACUGGAGUAUUUUGACGUUUGAAGAAGUCUUCAGUUCGUCUGACAGGAACGGUGUAACGUUACGCACAGGCAGCCUGAGCUAACGCGAGCUAGCGACUUAGCUGCUAAUGUCAACUAACAUGGAGGGAGAGGUGCAUGUGUUACAUAACAACCAAACGCAACUAAACCACCGACUUUUGACACCCAGCAAGCACAGUUAUGGACGUGAAUUAAUCUCCAAAGAAUAAAACUGCCCAUAAACACAUUUAUUUGGGAGAGAUGGAGUCGAACCCGCUGAUCAGCGCAAUGGAUCCGUCCAUUACAUUGUGGCAGUUCCUGCUACACCUGCUAGAUGAUCAGAGUCAGAAGCACUUGAUCUCUUGGACAUCUGGGGAUGGGGAGUUCAAACUGCUGGAUGCCGAGGAGGUGGCCAGACUCUGGGGGCUGCGCAAGAACAAAACCAACAUGAACUAUGAUAAACUUAGCAGGGCACUUCGUUACUACUAUGACAAGAAUAUUAUUAAGAAAGUUAGCGGCCAGAAGUUCGUCUAUAAGUUUGUGACCUUUCCGGACCCCAACUCUGCUGAUGGACUGAAAGGACCUGAGGAUUCCCAGAGGGCCACUACAGGGGAGAAAUUGGAGCUGUCCAUUCAGAGCAAAUCUAACACAGGUGCUAACACCACCAACCCAUGUCUCUCCAAGAGCCUGCAGGUUCAGCGCUCCUCCCCUAGCUCAGUGCAACGCAGCUCCCGAAACGAUUACAUGAAGUCUGGUCUCUACUCCACUUUCACUAUUCAAUCCCUACAGACGCCCUGCAAAACUGCAUCCAAAUUCAUCAAAACGGAGCAUGUCCUGAGUGACAACAGCCCCAAACCUGCUCAUCUGGACCGCACAGUGCACGAGAUGCAAAUGUGUCAGACAGAAGCACAGCAGGGAACUGCUCAGGUGCAGUCGACUAUGGAGAGCAGCAAUUUGCAUGUGAUAGUGACCCACCCCUCCCCAUGUGCUACACCUGCCCUCAGCCCACAGACGCCCUCUGGAUCUGUCACUGCAACCAUGAAUACUCAAGCACAGAAGAGCCAGAAUUUGGGUGACCCACCCCAGAUCUACUUGUCCGAUCCCAGCUCUAUGACCUCGCUCAUUCCUCUAGCUCAUGGAGAAUGUGUUGUCAACCCUUCUCAGCCUGUAUUUGUGGUCAUAAAACCUUUGCCUGUUGGACUGGCCAAAGAGUCCAGCCUCACGCCUGAAGAAGACCUGCUGGAGAUUGUCGAUUUGGAUGACAAAACAGAUGUUGAGCCAGUGUCCACAGUGCCUGUCUCUGGAGUUACAGAUGCUCCAAUCUCUGUGGAUGCUCCAUCACCCUCCGUGGAGCCAGUGGCGCAGCCUGUUGGAGAAGGGGAGGUGAAAGAAAAGCCUGAGUUACCCGAGGACACCAAUACUGCAUCAGCCUCCCUCCCAGCAAGCACGCAGGAAGUCCAGCCUCCUAAAUCAAAGAAGCCACGUGUGCUGGAACUGCCAUCCUCGUCUACGCUGCUACCCCCUGGACUCUCGCUGGAUAAGGUCAAUGCAGCGGUGAACAGCCUUCUGGCUUCUGGCAGUGCCACAAACACCUUAACACCCACAGUCAUCACCUCCCAUGCCCUGACUCCAGUGCUGUUGACACCAAGUCCGCUGCCAUCAACCAUACACUUCUGGAGCACACUCAGUCCAAUCGCUCCGCGCAGCCCUGCCAAGCUCUCCUUCCAGUUCCCCGCCAACGGAAGCAAUCAGAUCCAGAUCCCAGCACUGAGUGUGGACGGCCUAUCCACACCUGUCGUUCUCUCCCCUGGACCACAGAAACCAUAAUUUGCUAUUUAAUUCCCUUAUCUUCUGCUGUAGCCAUUGGCUACCUAUCCAGCCAAUGAAAUGCUGAGGACGGCCAAUGAAAGUUGGGACACUCCAUAUCAGGUUCUGCUGUGAGUUGGGCGAGGCCUCUGCUCCAAAUCUGCAAGAGGAGUGCGCUCUCAGCCGUCCUUCACAAUUGGUUGACGGAGCAGCCCGAUUUUGUGCUUGGUGGCAUUUGCAGAAACUAUUUGAUUUUUUGUUUUUUCCUUUGCUUUUGAUAUGAUCAUCAACGGUUAUUUAUUUAUUUCUGAUGUUUCUUGGUGCAUCGCGAGAUGCACAUUCCCGAAUGCUCAUGUGAAUUUGGAACUUGGAGAUCUCACUUCAUUUUUGAUUUCUCACAAUUCCAUUGAGUUAUGGAUCAGACAUGCUAUCCUUUGAUUGAAUCAAGGCAUGAAAUGCCAUUUAUUCACAGACUGAGUAUAGCUUUCUGGGGGGGGGGGGCAUGCAUUUGAAAUCUGCAAGUUAAUUUCUUUCUUUGGCAUUACAUAGACACAAAUACAUAAUAUUUAGUAUAUGACACACUGUUGUUUUAAACAUUUUGUGUUUUUCCAUGGACACUUUUUGCUAAAGUGGCAUUGAAAAUGCCAGAGGAAUGUCACAGCCAUUCCCAGGAUUUGAAGAGGUGGAACCAGGGUGGAAAAGAUACAAAGAGAUUCUGAACGAUAUCAGGGUCUGGAAUGUUUCAAUCUUUUUCUUCUAUGACAUCAUUCCUUUUUUUCAGAACUUUCCUCUUGUAAAUAGACAUUGCACCCAUUCCAAGAUUUGAAAUACUGAUUUUUUUUGUUCUUGCUCUCCUGUUUUUGUUGAAGUUUUUUAGUAAUUCUAUCAAGGAGCCCUUUCUCUGGCAGCAUCGACAAAGCAGGCAAAGGUUUCAAAAGUGUCACAGCGAAUCUUUGCAGUUUCAUGCUUUUUUCUUCUAAAGAAAACGCCAGAGGAGACCAAAGACCAGCUGUUUAUAUACAAUCUAUCUUAGCGUCUCUGUCAUUUUUUUUUCUGUUAAGUUUUGCAUUUUCUCUCGCUCUCGUCUUUAUUUUUACUCUGCCGCAUCAAAGGGCUAUAAGAACCUUCAUGCAACCAAAACACUCACACUUCUGACACUGUAUAUAACUGAUACAUCUGACUCGCCAGCUAGAAGUGUAAAACUCAAUAAUCGUUGUAUAUAAAGUAAUUUAUGGCAGAACAGGAAGUAUGUAGCUUCAGCUGCUUUUGAUAUUGUUAGUCGUUUUGCGCAGCCUGCCUCUUAUGCUAUGUUCGUCUGAUGUGUUAAAAUCACACUCACGGUUGUUACCUCAAAGCUGUCAACAGCUCGACGCGUCAAAGCAGGCAAGCAUAUAUGUUGCAACUGACAAACAAAGCCAACGAUUAUUUGCAUAUCUUCUUGCGCUUGUAGUUUGCGUGUGAAGCUCAAGUUUCCUGUGGGGAAAUCAUGGUGGUUAUAUAUAGCAGUGUACAGAAAGCUGUAGUCAGUGUUUAUGGAGAGUAACUGCCUCCACAGCAUACGGACUUUUCUGUAUAGUGGUUUUUAUCAUUUCAUUUGAUCUGAGUUUGCUUAACUCGCAUAUACAUUAACAUCCUUAUUUUCAAUUUUAGGAACAUUUGGGCGUCCAUGUCUUUCACUUUAGAUUAUUUUGUCUCUUUAAGUUGGUGCUCUUUGUUGUUUUAAAGAGUUUUCUGCUUUGAUAUCUGCGUAAUUGUAAUGAACUUGGGAGGAUUUGCUCGUAGCAUGCUGCAAUUGCUUAAGCGUGUCACCUCUCUCCUGCAUUUUGUGCGCCUUGCGGCUGAUUUGUAACUGUUCUGUUGUCAGUGAAUGACUGUUUGUUUUCAGAUGAAGCGCUUUAGAAAAGACUUGAAGAUUAGUCAAUGUUCACCACCGCUCUUGGUGUCGCUCUGAUAUGUACCGAUGAUGUCAUGGAUGCCCACACGUCGACACAUUGAAUGUUCUGUUCAGGUGGGCAUUUUGGGAGUCGCCCCCUCACAUUACUACUCGCCAAGCUCAGUGACCUGAUAUUUUCAUUGGUGAGUUACUUGUGUUUGUUUUACACCAUGGGUUGGGCAAAUUAAUAAGCCUGCAAUAUCAAAUAACUCACUGUGAUGAUAAAUUAAGUGAUUUGUGAGUACUACUUACCCCAUUCUUGAUCUUUAAUGCGGUGUAGUAAGUCUGCAGUACUGCUUUCAGCCGUCCUGUCACUUUCCUCUCAAGCUUGUCUGGAUCGCUGGGAUUGUUUGUGCCUCUGAACGUCUGUGUGGCUAUGCUCUGUAAUGUGCUGUGAAUGCGUUUUAACAGCUGUCUUUGAGCUAAACUCCUCUUAUUUCCCUUGCUCUGCUGCUGCUGUUACUUUUACUGUACAUCAGCACUGAUCAAUACAGUGACAGCAUACUGUGCGCGGUUCCCCGAAAUGAACUAUUACAUAGUGCUGACUUCAUUUAUGCCCAGACAACUUGUUUACAAAUCAACAAGAUUAAAAGACAGAAAUAGAGAGCCAUAUCAAUUUAAAACUAUUUCUAUUUUAAAAAUACAGAAAAUACAGUUUUUUUUUAAAGUCAAAUAUUGUAAUAUUAACGAGCCUUUGUCAUGUUGAUGAAAUUGCUGCCCCCUUUCAGAUAAUGAAACUAAUGCUGCACGUCUCUGGACCUGUGAAGACUGUUUAGGUAUCAUAAUACCACAUUAAAUAGGUCUUAAAGUUGGAUUUUUGGGUAUGUGCUUGUCCACUGACUAAUUAUUUUGAUAUUAAUACCUUCUAAAAAAACUUUGUUGUUUUUAUCUGAAAUUAUCCCAGAAUAAAAUCUUCAUGCGGAGUAAUGUUAAUCAGUAAUAUUUAUUGUCCUUAUAACAAGCAAAGCUCCAGCUGAAAUUUUUAUUUGCAUUCUAUUCUCUUAUUAGAACCAAAAUUGUGCAGAAAUUGUAUUUGUGCAAGUUUUAAUUGUGCAAAAAAAAUUGUAAAUGAUUGUUGGUAACCAGCAUGUGUAAUGUUCUAGUCACUGAAACCUUUAUGCAAAUGAAGAAACAUGUUACAUAAAAAAAGCCAUUUAUUGAGUAAUUGAUUGGACCGUAGAGAUGUUGGCUGAGAAGGUUUUUCACCUUUUGUGGAGAAGUCUCUAAAUUAUUUCCUAAUACCAGCAUAGAUUUCGUACCAUGUACAAAUUUCCAUUGUAGGACAGUCGAUCAUAUCAAUAUUUCUCAUUGAGAAAACCUGUUUAAUUCUUGUUACCUGCUUAUGAAGUCACAAAUCCAAGCACCAAACUGGAGUUGAUACUUGCGUGGCUCAAAACUGUUAAGACAUCUGCCUCUUUUGCUUUUCAAGUUACUGAAUUUGAACAUCUGCAGUUGUCAGAUGCUGUAAUAAGUCUUCACCUUUGUUUUUUCUCUUUGAAAUGUAAUGUGGGAACUGUUAACGUAUUGUAUGAUUCUAUAUUCAAUAAUGUGUUGGGAAAUCUUGUGCUACGCAUAUAUUUGUGUUUUUUAAAAAGAAGUCUGCUACUUGUGUGAAGAGCGAAUACAUGGUCCUGUUGGACUCUUGGACUGUUGGGAAGCAGAUCUCUGUGGCCUGAGCUCCCUUUCCCAGAUGAGAAUCACUCUCUGGGAGUUUAUUUCAUAAAGGGAUGGAGAGGCUUUUAUUUUUGUCUAAACUGUCUAAAUACUAUAUUAUAUGUACUGGAAAGAGACAAAACUAUUUUUCAUCUGCACAUGCUACUUUGUUUGUGUAUGUGAUAGAUCUUGUUUUCUAAAGACAAAAGAGACUCGGAACUAAUAUGAAAGUUAUGAAUAAAAGGCUAUUUUGUUCUUUA